AUGGUCGAGGCCAGAAUAUUUACAAUAUUCACUGACCAUAAGCCUCUUAUCUUCGCCUUCUCAAAGAGCAAAGACAAAUGCACUCCAAGUCAGUUCAGACACCUUGACUAUAUUGCUCAGUUUACGACAGACCUGAAAUACCUACCUGGUAAGGAAAACUUAGUAGCUGACGAACUUUCUAGUGUCGAGGAGAUCACUACAGCUGUGGAAUACGAUGAUCUUGCACGAGCACAGGACAAAGAUCCAGAACUGCAAAAUCUACUUCUUCAUGGCUCUACCCUGCAACUGAAAAGGAUCAACAGUUCAUCUCUACGCUCUGUACAACCACCACGUCCUUACGUCACUCCUCAGUUCAGGAAACAAGUUUUCGAUACACUAUACAGCUUACACCAUCCUGGAAGUUCAGCUACUGUUGCUGCUACUGUGCUACUACCGAUUUGUCUCACAAAGAUACGUAUAGCCAGGGAUACGCAUAGAUUGUAG